AUGGCGGCUUUUAUUAUAUCGGUGUUUCUCGCUACUCUUUCCAGCUGUUUGGCUGCAAAUAUUGUCAUGAUUCCCAUGUUUGGGAGAAGCCAUUACAUGUUUGUCUCCCGUCUUGGACAGGAACUGGCGGAGAGAGGUCAUCAGGUAUGCAAAUUUGAAAUGAGACUUCGAACAUUCUAAGUCAGCUUCUUGCACUGAACAACGUUAAGGCAGCUGAAUGAUAUCUAUCGUGUUCAGGCGAGGAGCAUAUUUCAUAAAGAAAAGCAGAAUAUGAUAUGAAUAAAACGAUUUCAUGGACUGCUUUCAUAUCAUUUGCUGACACAGUGACCUCCUCACCAACCUCGCUAUGUAAAAUGAUGAACUACAGUCCUUGUGAGCUUUUCGCUCGCACAAAUGGGAAAAAGAGACCCGCAUAGAAACAUUUCAUGUACAAAGCAUUAUUGGAAUGAAUUUAUUCUUUAACUUUUCAGUUUGUAGCUAUCUUCUAGUCUGGGCCACAAGGCUGAUUAAAUUUUGUACACUUUACUAUGGUUUGAUUAGACACCAAACGUCCCAUCAAUAAUCUUUACACCUUCUAUUUUUUUUAACUAAUCCUAGGCAAAUAUUGUACCUACCGUAAAUUUACUCAGACUAAAUAAGUACUGCUGUGACGAACUCUGAGCCGACUAAUUUUUCACUGGACUAUUGGUAAUUUAGGAAAUGCAAUGCUAAUGUAGAGGUAUUGUUUAUUUUGUAAAGAGAUUGUCCAACGCGCUGAAAGAAGGAAGAUUCACUCGCUAAGGGAAUAUGCGCAACGCAAAACAUUUGUACGGCCUGCAAGUUGCUAUUAAGUUCAGCAUCAAAUCUUCUGCACUAACCUCAAUGAUUAAAUUUCCUUUCUUUGCUAACUCAUUCGGUCAAUCAUGAAAACAAUCAUAUACUGCUGAAUCAGACGGAAAGAAUAUAGCCUAGACCCUCUUGAUCAAUAUCCGGAAGGAUUACAUUUUAACUUCAUCUGAGACUUAAUUACCUUUUUCCGAAGCACACCAUUACGUCCACUGGGGGUUCAUUAAUUCCCAUAACUUCUCAGCCGGGUGUGUUUUGGAGAGAGAAAGACUAUUACAAACUUAUAAGAGAGGCACAGUAGGAGUGAUUGUUUUUGUUCUGAACUCUCGCACUUCUUUGGUUGAAAAAACUUCAAUAUUUUAUAACCAACAAAGGUAGGCUUUCAGAUACAGGUAUAUUUUGAAACAAAACAAACAGCCUACACUAAAUCUAGAAACCAUCAAAUGUAUUACGAAUUCUACGUCAUAUCCCUUAUGUCCAUUGUUCCUUUCUCCUUUGUUUUUAUUUCAGCUUUCUGGUUUUUUUAGGGGUGCGCGAGAGAAGGGGGGCUUAUUCUUACAGGGAAAGGGGGUUAAGUAUUGCCCGAUAAGGCCUAAAAAUACUUGUAAACGUUUCCACAGGUAAAGAUAUAUGUGGGAGCGACACAAAUGUAUGCCGUAAAUGAUUCACUUUUACGAGUCUUCAACGAUAACAAUUUUGCUCCAGCGUUCCGGUCAGCAUCAAAGAGUUCUCAAACCUUCAAAUCGCUAAGCCCAAGACAAACAUGGCAAAGGCUCCUAAUGUUCCAUUCUGUUUAUUGUGAUGACCUUCUCAGUAAUACAGAUGUCGUGGAAGAGAUAUCUCACGCUGAUAUCAUUGUUGGUGAAUUUAUUUACCUCUGCUCGUCUUUGGUCGCGGAUAAAUUCUCACUUCCACUUGUUCUAAUAUCAGCUGCCACAUUAGAUACUCCCACAGCAUUCGCCUUCGGCUUACCUGCCCCUCCUUCCUACAUACCACAGUGUGGAGUUUCUCUUUCAGACAAGCUAACAUUUACAGAAAGAGCAUGGAGUCUUUUACAAUGGAUUAUUCUAUAUGGAUCUUACAUUUACGAUAUGUGUCCGCCUUAUGAGAAGAUCAAGGUAAAGUACGCCAUUACACCCAGCAAGAGCAUACAAGAAACACUUGGCAGAGUUGACUUGAUAAUCGGUCAGAUGGAUUUCUUUAUAGAGCAUCCAAGGCCUCUUUAUCCGAGUAGGUACCAACACUGUUUAAAAUGGGCAUCUUUGAUUUUUUUGAAAUUCCUAUACUACGGUCACUUUAAAUCUCUAGACUACGUGCUUUUCGAAGAAGGCUGCUGUUACUUGAAUAUUUCUACUAAAUGCUUUUAUACCUGCAAAUCAAGGUUUCAAUGAAUUUGAGUAACAAAAAAAAUGAAAGUUCACGUCACGGAGUUUUUUCCUUUUAGGUGCUGGCCCUUACUUACUUAACUUCAUUGAUCAGAUGAUCGAGGAAUAAGCAUUUAAGAACUUUAAUGCUCCAUUUUGAGGCUUGGAUAAAUUUACAUGUUUUACCGCUAUUUAUUUCCUUGCUUGGAUCGCAUACUAAGACAGUGUGAACAAUUCUAGAUUUUCUAGAGCCAUGUUACGUGAGCCUACUGAAGAAAAUAAUCCAGCAAAUAGGAUGAGAUUCUGGGCUUCGAGGGGACAAACAGGAUUUAUAACCAAUCGUGUAAAAUGUAUAUCGUGAGAUCUUCAUUUCAUUCUAGAUACACGUGUUGUGGGUCCAUUCCUUGCUAGUCCAGCUAAAUCUCUUCCAGACGAGAUAGAUCAGUACUUUCAGAAGGUUGGGGACGAGGGCGUGAUCUUGGUGUCGUUUGGUACAGUGGUUGGAGCGCUGAGUGAUUCAUCACUGAAAAUUAUGGCUGAAACUUUCUCCAAACUACCACAGAAGAUUAUAUGGAAACUUAAGCCCAAUGGUAUGUCUGUCUGAAAAAAUAAAUCAUGUAUGAGAUUUAACAAAGCAAUGUCGAUAGGAAGGAAUUUCUUUGGACUAAACUUCUUGUGGGCAAAAUCGUGCACACCGUCAAUCAAAACUGAAAUGAUUCCACCAUACUGGGCUAUAUAAGAGUUUCGUGGAAAACAAGGCGCUGCACAUGUACCAUGUAGGAAGAACCCACAACUUUAUAUCAAUUAACCCUUUCACUCCCAAGAUCUCAUUAGUAAUUCUCCUUACUGUCUGCCAUUCGCUUCUUAUGAUGUUAGUUCCUGGAAUCUGGUAUUGAAUCAACUAAUAUUUUCCCCUAAGUAAUAUUUUUCUUUAUUCUCAUCACUUGUCUGUUUGAUAUUAUAUUUAUUUAGUAAGGAGAAAUUCUGUCUUGGUCGCCUAUGGGAGUAAAAGGGUUAAUAGAGAAUUUAAAUGAAAGAAACAUCAUAUAUCUGUAGUGCUGACAGUUCAAAGGGCGAUUGACUUCUUGAAGUAUUCUUUAAAAAACAAGACAGACGUACAAUGUAAAAGAAUUAUAACAAGAGAAUAAUCUUCUGCUUAUAACUAUCGUAUUGGUGCUACAACCGCACUUAGCUUCUGAUUGAAGUUACUUCCCACAAACAAUACUGACGAAGAACGUGACGAUCAAACGAAGAUAAUAUGACAGAGUACCUAGUGAAGAUGACAGUAUUUGCGUGUACAUUUUUCGCAUAACUCUUAGAUAACGUCGCAAGUCAUUAUCUUCUCUCUCAAAUUUGCAGACAUUUCAAAAAUCACCGUCAGCGACAACAUCAAACUGUUGCCAUGGCUUCCCCAGAAUGACAUUCUUGGCCACCCUAAGACACGGCUAUUUAUCGCACACGCAGGAAUCAAUGGAAUGCUAGAAUCAACCUACCAUGGUGUUCCUAUGAUAUGUUCACCUUUCUUCGGAGAUCAACCACACAACGCCCAGGCUGCAAAGCGGGCUGGGUUUGCUGAGGUGGUGGACCUUGAAGCCACAUCAACAGAGGAGUUUGUUAAUUUGAUACAGAAGGUUUUAACAGAUCCAAGGUUAGUAUCACAGAACUCAAAUACUUUUUCAUCAGUUCUUGGAAACAUUCCUUCAAACUUUUACCGAUAGUAACAGUGGCAAUCUUAUUCCUUUAGCUACCGAGAAAAAGCAAAGCGAAUAUCAAAAUCUGUUCAACUGUUGCCACGUUCACCCGUCAAGGAAGCUGCUGAUUGGGUGGAAUAUACACAGGCUCAAGGUGAUUUACAGUACCUAAGACCACGUGGGGUGGAUCUGCCGCUUUAUAAGCUCUUCCUUCUUGAUGUUUUGGCCGUUGUACUCUUAGUUUCAGUUGUUGUUUUAUUUGUCAUCAUUAUCAUGUUUACAUCUGUAAUACGGUGUUUAUUAGGGUCCUCAAGGAAAGAGAAGGUUAAUUGAAACAAGAUCGAGUUAAGAAUCGUUCGUUAUCCUUACUGGUAAACUACUUCUGAAGUAUGGUGACAGUUUGUAGCCUCUUCCGAACUCUUCUCUUGAAUAAUUGAGACCGAGUUUCUUACUUGAGGUACGUUGAUUUUGCAUCCAACUCUUAAUUAUCUUUCCACCAUUGACAAUUACGAGCAUAUUUAAAGAAGUUUACGAGGUUUCGAAAAGAUCUGAUUCAACAGUUCAGAACGAAUUCUUUGCCAUCGCUCACGCCAUUUUGAUGUAAACUGUGUUGAAAUAAGUAUUGUCACUGCAUUGAGUAAAGGUUAAAAAGCGUUCACUAAUUUGUUACAUUUUAUGGUGAGCCCGCGCUGUCGAUUGUCAAAACUUGUGAUAACUGUGGAUGAAACACUUACUAUAAGAAGAAUCUCGGGCAAUUAUCUGCACGCGUAUCCAAAAGAAUACUUCUUUCGUUGAAUUAUAUCAAUUUUAUUUGGAUACCUCAUUCAUCAUAAUUUCAUUUUUUGAUUCCUAACUCCAAAGCUUUAUUUACAUGGUCUCGGGUUCCCAAAACAACCCUCCCCUUCAAGACAACUUUAAGCGGCGUUCAUUUGGAAGUUGUGAGUGGUAACAGUUGUAGCCUCGCUAUUCUCUCUGGUGACAGCUGGGCAGGUUAUAUAUCAAAUAAAAUUUGAGCCGCCUCGUCUCGGGCAGGCGAGCCGAAGUGUUUAGAUGGGAAAAGGAUGACCCGAGGCGGGACAACUCGCCAUCCCGAGCUGUCUCGCCCCAGAGACGAGUUCACC